AUGAGUGGCUCCUUCGAUCGCAAGCUCAGCAGCAUCCUCACCGACAUCUCCAGCUCCCUCAGCUGCCAUGCGGGCUCCAAGGACUCGCCCACCCUGCCCGAGUCUUCGGUCACCGAUCUGGGCUACUACAGCGCUCCCCAGCACGACUACUACUCGGGUCAGCCCUACGGCCAGACGGUGAACCCCUACACCUACCACCACCAGUUCAAUCUCAACGGGCUCGCGGGCACCGGAGCCUACUCGCCCAAGUCGGAAUACGCGUACGGAGCCUCCUACCGGCAGUACGGAGCCUACCGCGAGCAGCCGCUGCCAGCCCCGGACCCCGUGUCGGUGAAAGAGGAGCCUGAAGCUGAGGUUCGGAUGGUGAAUGGCAAACCCAAGAAAGUCCGAAAGCCACGCACGAUCUACUCCAGCUACCAGCUAGCAGCCUUGCAGCGACGCUUCCAGAAGGCCCAAUACCUGGCACUGCCAGAGCGGGCCGAGCUUGCUGCGCAGCUGGGCCUCACUCAGACACAGGUAAAAAUCUGGUUCCAGAACCGCCGCUCCAAGUUCAAGAAGCUCUACAAGAAUGGGGAGGUGCCCCUGGAGCACAGUCCCAACAACAGCGACUCCAUGGCCUGCAACUCCCCACCCUCACCAGCCCUAUGGGACACGUCCUCUCACCCCACCCCAGCCCCCACCCGCAGCCAGCUGCCCCCGCCGCUGCCGUACAGUGCCUCCCCCAGCUACCUGGACGACCCCACCAACUCCUGGUACCACCCACAGAACCUCAGUGGACCCCACUUACAGCAGCAGCCGCCUCAGCCAGCCACCCUCCACCAUGCGUCCCCAGGACCCCCGCCCAAUCCUGGAGCCGUGUACUGAACAACUGCCUGACCUGCACCCCCAGGAAGGAACCCCAGGACCAGGCCAAAGGGGCCCUGUCCUAGCGACACUCAGGAAUCAUCACGGAGGGGCACCGGGGAAAGGGUCCCUUUCCCUGUCUCUUGCCCCUUUCUCCAGGGACCCAAGAGCCUCCAGAUGAAAAUUACAUGGACCAAGGAUGUCCCCUGAACCUCCCUCCCCCUGCUUAGAAUGGGGCACCUUCGGGAUGGUGAGGCAUGCCACCCUAUCGGGGACAGCACUUGUCCUCGGCGCCAGGAGCCCCGAUUGGCUGUAAAUGGCUCCUUGCUGUUCAGCUUCCCAGGCAUUCUACAGACCUCUGGGAUGGGAAGACCAGGAGCGUCUGCAUCUGAUCUGAGGUGCCAGGCACUGUGGAUCCCAGCACCUGGCAGAACUGCUUUACCCUCCUCCUGAGCCGCCCUUCCGCCAAAAUGACAGCAGUCAGUGUGCCAUGGCUGACACUCGGGGUAGGGAACUGGCCUACCAGCCACCCCACUCUUCAGGCCCUCUUUUAAGAUUUGAGGGUUAGACCAAAGAAACCCCUCCCCCAAGGGAGGGAAUCUUUAAGUACCGGGGCUUUCUUCUAGGGAAGAACUGAAGGAGCCAUCUCUCUACCCCCUCAUUGAGGAGAAGGGGAGCCUCCGAGUUCUUCCAUGUACAGGACUUUUGCACAACUCUGGUUUAAAAAAAAAAUGUUGAAACAUAGGACAACAAAGGGCAUUGUUAACAGUUAGGACCAAAUCCCCCCUUUCACGGUGGGCAGCUGCACUCUGCCCUGCCCCCAUCUCAACUCCUUCCUCUCCCUCAGUAAAGCUGGCACUUUGGGCACCAAAGGAGCCAUACCAGACAAGACAAACUCCCCAACACCCCCUGUCCGGGCGGCCUUGUAGACACAUCAUUCCCACUCUGCUGAAGAAUGCGGGUGAGGAGCCUGCGAGGGAAGAGGAGGACUAGAACUCAGUGCCUUAGGGGUGAGGGCUGGCUGCCUGGAAGGCUGGUCCCAGUGCCCCUCCCUGGCCCAGGCAUCCCCCCAAAGCUAACUUUCCUCCACCCCUGAUGUGGUAAAACAUCGAAGAAAAAGAGAGGUAAAAGACUGUAGUUAUAUAUAUAGUAUGUAUUUUUUUUGUAAAAGAGUAACCAAGAGGAGCGGCCUCCUCCCUCUGUGGUUUCCUAUUUAUGUGACCCUGCUGCUCCCGGGCCCAUCACCCUGUGUGUUGGGAGCUGAGAGAGAGGGAUGUGGGCUCCGGCUGGAUUUGGGUUUUGUGGGAGGUGCAGGAGCUAGAAGGACGUGGUGGGUUUCCAAGUCCCACCCCAGGGAAGACAGGAACGAAGCCAGCUCCCAACCCCUCCCAAACUUCUCAUUUCUGCUUUCUUACUGGACCCGUCUUUAUAUAUAAUGUUAAUAAAAAAAGAA